UUUGUGAUUGUUGGGAGCCAUUUUUAUAAACAUUUUUCGCAGAUGAAUCUCUGAUAGCUGUAUUAAAUGAGUUUCUUCAAGUGUUAAGAAGCAGCCCUGAUAGCACACUACAUCUACAAUACAUAGUUUGCUCAUCUGCAAUUUGUCUCGGAGACGUCUGUAAGAUGUUUAUGCUUUAGAAUGGUAACAUAAUCUAAACCCCCACACUAAGAUGGCAACAAACGAAAGGAAAACGAGAAGAAGACUGAGCUUAGAAGUCCGACCUAACAUGAGCAGCGAUGAGACAUCCUUGAGGAUGCUGGUGUUUGGCAGCUCAAGUCUUCUUCAGAUGUCACUGACGCAUACUGUGUCGGGGCCUGGGAUCUUCACCAGAGAUGAUGUCAACAUUUCUGUUACCAAGAAAAGUUCAGGGGUCGUGCAGAAGAAAAACAUAACCCUGGUCAACACGCCAAAUCUUAAGGAGAACGAUUUUCCUGACAAGAUCCUUCAUAAAGAGCUCAGGAAGGCUGUAUGUUUCUCCUGCCCAGGUCCUCACGCUGUUCUCUUCAUUCUGGAUCCCUUUCAUGUGACCCCUGAUGUCCUCGACAUUUUGAAGCAAGUGAUACACUACUUUGGUGAAAGCAUCUUGAAGCACACGUUGAUUGUUUUAUAUCACGAAAAAGAUCUGAGCAUUUCCUUAGACGAUGCGGUCAAGAAGAACAAGACCUUUAGAGAGCUUGCUGAGAAAUGUGGUCAGAACUACAUCUUCUUUAAUGAAGAAAAGAACAGGACUGAGGAAAGUCAAAUACAAGCAUUGUUUGCCAAGGUAGACGACAUGGUUUUGGAGCAUGGAAUAUAUUCAAACCUGGAAUAUAAAGAGGCUGAAAAAAGAAUUCAGACGGAGGAACGGUUUCUCAGGAAGUCAAGGGAAAAGGAGAUUAGACAGAAGUUGAAGGAGUUGGAGAAUGAACAUUCAGGAGAGGCGCUUGCCAGUGAAAAGACGAAAUAUGAAGAAAGGGUCGGUUUGGAGUGCAGAGAAAUGGCACAGCUGGUCGUUGCAGACAAAUUUGGCUUUACGGUCAGAAUUGUUGACUAUGCAGCGGCAAUAGGAAAGGGUGCAUUUGCUGGUGCACUUCUAGGUUUUGCAGUCGGAUAUGAUGGUAUGGCGAUAGGAGCCGCUAUUGGUGCUGGGAUUGGUGGGAUACUUGGAGGUGCUAUAAAUGCGGUAUGGAGCUUUAUGACUAAGUCCUUUUCGGAAGUCCGCUAAAGGACUGUUUAGCAUGGGUAUCAUUUUAGUUAAAAGCAUAGUCGGGUGCGAUGCCCCAGACCUUUUUUUUAAAGUUAAGGAUUCAUUUGUACAGAAGUAUAUUGUUUCUAGCACAGAGCACAGUAUGGGACAUUGGCCUGUAGCGGAACAAAAAAGACAAACAUGAUUCAGUAGAAGGACCGCUUCAAGUCGAAUAGAAAUAAUUUUUUGGGACAUUUGUCAAAAGUGAAUGUGAGCCGAACACAACACAGUGAGCGAGUCACGCAAGAGGACCUCUCUCCACUGCUGCACACAAACACUUUUUACAUUUUUGUGCUGUCUGACUUGUAUUGAAAACGGUAAGAAUUGUUUUACAAUUUUAUAAGUGCUAUUGAUUAGCAGGUCUUUGUUUUUCAAAUCCAGAUUAAUGUAAAAUACAUUUUUUAAGUACUAAAGGAAAUUCACUACUAAACACAGAUAAUAAAAUAGCAUAGUACGUCACAUGAAACAAGUUAGCAUUUAAUUUGAUAGAAAUUUAAUUUAAUGUGAUUUUUUAUCUUGUUUUAUGCUACAGGUAUUAUUAUUUACACUUUUAUAGUUAGAAUAGAUUUUACUACUACAAAUGAAAAGACAUUACUGUUAGAAAUGCUGCGGUAUAAAGUGGCAAAAUGGCCUAAGAAGGUAUAAAACAUGGAUGAAGGAUACAGUGAAAUAUCCUUUAAUUUUUUAAAGGGUUUGUAUGUAAGUAAACUGGACAUUAGCAGUGAGUCAGUGGUCAUAGAAAAGUUGUAAAGAGUGUCUUUAGGCAGUUUUAUGAACCUUUUAAAAAUACUGUGCAGUUUUCUGGAAUUAAAUGUAUAAAAAGACUCCUGAUUAUAUAUUUACAUUUAUUAUUAUACUUUUAUCUAAAGGCACAUAAAAAAGUCAAAAGCAACAAAAGUGAUUCAUGCUUAAGAAGAUUAUAACAUGAGACAUGCGGCAAUUCAAAGUUCAGGGAUUAUGCAAUACAAAAUGCAUUCAAGAUGUACAUAUCAGAAUCAGAAUCAGAAUCAGAAAAGCUUUAUUGCCAAGUGUGCUUGCACACACAAGGAAUUUUCUUUGGUGUUGGAAGCUUCUAGUACAGACAUUCAACACAAUGACAAUACAAUAUAGUUAGAUAUAGACAGUAUAUCAAUACAUGUUUAUAAUAAAUAAAGUUGCAUUUGUAAUUGUUAACUAUUUUACUAAAUAAAAACUGUUUAUCAAAAACAAAUGAUUUGA